AAAUAACUGGUAACGGGUAUCUGAAGCGGGUGCUGGCUACGUACUGGUGCUUUAUUUCCUUUAAAUGAUGUUGCAGGGCCAGCUAACCUCUAGCUAGCUAAGUAACAAGGUGCAGGAUGAAACCUAUUACAAUGAGGCUCUGCUCUGUUCUCCAUGGACCUUGUGGAUCAUGUCUCUGAUCCUGUUUGCCUUUGUGGUCCGGGUGAGGGAUGGACUCCCCCUGUCGGCCUCCACAGACUUUGAACAUAACCGCGAGCUCCAGGAGAGGAAGCAGCAGCUCAGGACCAUCAGCAAGGCCCUGGCCCGCUUCCCCGACAGAGGGACCAUCAAGGGCCGGGAGCUCAACAUCUACUUUGUCUCUUCCGAGGGUGUAUCCUACAUGACCGUGUGCCACUGCAGCCUCCCUGUUGCUAAGGCCUUCUGCUUCCUGGAAGAUCUGCGCUGGGAGUUCACAGCGAGCUUCAAAAGCACUGUUGUUGCCUUGGCAGCCAGGCCAUAUCCAUUUUUAGAAUUUGACGGCACCAUUCAGAAGCUGAAGCAGCAUUACAACCAGAGCGGUGGUCCGGCCCUGGAGGUGACAUUGGCAGAGGUCCAGGAGGAUCUGAGACUCCAUCCACCACAAGUGAUCAACUGGGAGGAAGUGGAGCUCACCAACGGCACUGCAAAUGGGCACAUGGAGCAAAGUCCUGGCUCUGGUCAGAAUGGAAGACUCCAACAAGUGACAGCGGCAGGUAUCCUCUCUCUGGUCCUAAAUAUCGUGUGCGCAUCUUUGAACAUAAUCCGUGGUGUUCACCUCAUAGAAUACACAUUCCAGGAUGAUUAUGAAGGAAUUUGGAAUGUUGCGGCAUUUCUUGUGGCGUUUGUCUGCUGUUUGUUGCAGUGCCACCUCUACCUGUUCCAUUCGUCCCUGAAGAAACCCAAGUCCUUCACCCUGUUGAGUGCGAUUGUCCUAUGCAACCUCUACCUGCUCGGCCUGAGGAACCCCUGGCAGCUGAUCUUCCACGCUUCAGUCGCUUCCCUCUCCACCUUCCUCAUCCUCACCCGCAAACUGCAAGACAGAACCAACGACUGCGGGGUGUGAGGAGCGGUGGAUGGGGGGGAGGUGGGGGGGGUGCAGGUGAGAGAGACAGGCGGGCUAAUGGCUCGAUCCACACGAGUCGCAAAAAGGGUUUUUCUUUUUAACAAAAACACAUGUUCACAAAUCUUGUGACACGGAGAAUGACGUGUUAAUAUUUUCUUAUGGUAUAUAGGUACUUUCACUCUGUGUGAAUUAGUUUCCACGAUAUUAUUAAAAAAAAAGGUCCAAAGUAAAAUUCAGUCCUCUGUGCAAACCAACAGAAAAGCUUCAAGAUAGAUGGCAUCCGUCCCACAAAGGUUUUGAAGAAAAUUAAGGAUGGUUUUCUUAUGUAGAAACAAACAAUUUAUAACAUUCCUAACUGUUGAAGAAGGUUAAUGCUUAAUUUAUGCUCAAUCUCAGCUCAGUAUUAUUUCCGCUACUACAGGCCAUUUAUUAUCUUUGCAUAAUCCGUUUAUCGACGCUCAGUGACACUUGGUGAUUGUAACAUUUGCUAUAAUUGUUUGAUGUAAAAGGCCUACAGACAGUCGAACCUCCAUUGGUGGAGGUUUGCUACUUUAUAUGAUUUAGUGUUUGAUUUGAGAUCAGCGACAGCCAAGUAACGCAGACAAUGCAGCUGUUUUAUUUUUGGGUUUCCAUCAGUUGCUUUUUGGGAGAUGCCAAGGCGUGAAUGUAAAGCUGUUUUUUUAUGGCUUUGUAGUUUUUUGUUUGUUUAAUCGUGUUGAUUUAUGUACAAAUACGCCGGCAAGUGCUCAACUAGUCAUUGCAAAGUUUAAAAUGUAAGGGCUCCGUCAUUGAUUAACUUAAUGGAAACUUUGUUCAAAGGGGUGACAUUAGUCUUACAGUCAUGAUCUCAUAUCGUUUUACGAUGUUUGUGAUAAGAUCAUUUCUUCAUUUGAAACCAAUGUUUGUUUGAUUCAUUACAAAUUUAAAAAAAAAAAUGAAUUUUGCUUUGUCAAAAUGUAAACUGCGGGUAAGAAUAUGAAAGCACUGAUUUGAUGGGUAAAUUACUAUUUAAUUUUUUGGAAAUGUUUUGACAUUGAUAUUUUUGUACAGGUUAUGGCCAUUGUUCUUGAAGGUGUUGCAUAUCGGGUUCAGCUAUUUAUAUCCUGAUUUUGAUUUACUUGAGUUUUAUGUCUUCUUCAGGAUUUAUUACACCGCUCACUACCAGUAGUUCUCAGAUUGUUUUAAACAGAACUCAAGUUAUUAUCUAAGUAUGUUCGCUAAUAGAACAGUAGCGCUACUAAAUGAAUAGGAAACGUCACCUUUUAGUUUGUUCUUUUAUUUAGCGUCCUAGAGGUUCAUUUUUAAUGGCUCAAACAGUUGCACUAAUGUCUUAAGCGAGGGGGUAAAUUAUUAGUUCAAUAUUGUUUGUCAGUAAAAUGCAAUACUUGUGGCAUUGUGUCCUUUAUCACACCAUUUUAUCAGGAAAGUUAAGAGGAUUUUACAGUGAAGAGGUUGCAUCACAAUCCAAACGUCCUUCGCAAUAAUGUUCUAAAAGAAAAAUGUUUUUAGUUUACAAAAACAUAACAUGUCAUUUAACUAUAAAUGGCACAUUCAAGCCUUUUAGUACAUUUUCAAUUUGUUCUCAAGUCGAUCGUGCUCACACCUGGGUGUUGUGGGUAAUUUCGGACAUUUGGAGGGAGUCGGCCGCUUGUGUUGCGGUUCAUUAAGUGAAAACGUAUGCAUUGGUGAGGCUGCAUUAUGUGGUAAUGUUAAUGAUGCCGACAGUAUGCUCAAGAUGUAGAACCAAAUAAUGUGGGGAGAAUUUAUACACUUGAAAUGGAAAGGAUCAUUUAGUUGAUUAUGCCGCCUUUAUAACAUUUGUAGUAAUUCACCGUCUAAUUGAAACAUGUGGCAGCCUUCUCUUAUUUUGUCUCUUUUACCAUUAUUUAAAGUCUGAUCUGGAUACAGGAUUUCCCUUUUGAAAUCUCAUUCAGGUUUAAAGUAGUUAAAUGCUUUCAAUAUCUUGUUCAACACCAAACAGUCAGCAGAAAGAAGUUAUUUAUAUUCUGACUCUCAUGAGGUUGAUGUGGCUGUAAGCUGUGUGUAAUAUUGGGAAGUGACGUAAUUGUCAUUCUUUGUAACAGCCAAAUACACUGGUGAUCACAGGGCUUUAUUACUUCCUGUUGUGGUAAAACUGACAUUUCGUCAAUAAACUAUGUCUUUUUUCUC